CUGGCGUGCGCAGCCUCACACCUGAGCCGAGCCAUGCGGGUGGCGGCUCCUUGUUUUCCCGCCAUUUCCUGUUCCUUGUGAGAGAACCGGAUGGUCUGAGAUCUGAAGCGUUGGAUCCCCGUUGCCAAGCUGAAUGGAUUGGUUUCAUUGCAACCAGUGUUUCCGAAAAGAUGGGGCCCAUUUCUUUGUCACCAGCUGUGGCCAUAUUUUCUGUAAAAAGUGUAUGACUCUGGAAAAAUGUGCUGUUUGUGGAAGUCCUUGCAAGCAUCUGGCUCUUUCUGAUGAUCUAAAGCCUCAAGAGAAGAAGUUCUUCAAAAGCCCUGUAGAGACAGCAUUGCAGUGCUUUAGUCACAUCUCUCAGGUGUGGUGCUUCCAGAAGAAACAAACAGAUCUUCUUAUCGCCUUUUAUAAGGACAGAAUUACAAAGUUAGAAGCAGCUGUGAAGGAGGCCCAGGAAACGGCAGCCAGCCAGAACAAAGAGUUAUCAAUCUUAAGAAAGGAGAAUGGAGAACUGAAGAAAAUUCUAGCCAUCCUAAAGGGGUCGCCAAGCUGCUACUACGGAAGCAGGUUAACCACACCUCGACCAGUGGGCAUUACUUCUCCAUCACAGUCAGUUGCUCCACGACCCAGUUCCCAGCAUAGCAGCCAAGUAGUGAGUCGCUCUUCUUCUGUGGAGUCCAUCCCUUACACAGUGGCUGGCAUCGGUCAUGUGGAACAAGGAAGCAGAAGCCUGCAUGAAAGGAGCACUCCCAGAGACUCUUACACUGAAACCCCUUCACCAGCUUCAACUCAUAGCCUCUCUUAUAGACCCUCAUCUGCCUCCUCUGGACAGGGGGUUUCCUUUAGACCACUAUUCAGAGGGGUUUCAGGCCACACGAGAGUCCUCACUCCCAACAAUUCUGGUCAGAGGCAAAGCAGAGCCACACCAGAGAAUCUUCCUGGUUUCCAACUUCCAGUCCUACAGACAUUCUACCAACAGAGGCAGAUGGGACUAGCUGGGAGAGACGGAUGCAGCAUCUCCAGAUAGAAAUCCCUCUUCCAGGUCUGAUCUGUGCAUGAUGCUCAAGGCUGGACUGCAGUGUCUAGUACUUUUAGGGAUAUGGGCACCUGCUGUUUCCUGGUUUCAGUCUGCAUCUUGUUCUGUUGAACUUUAUCUUACGUGUCUUUCUCUCUAAAACAUUUAAAAAAUUUUAAAAAUUAUUUUGUGUGUGUAUCAUAUGAUGGUAUACUACUUGCAUAUGGGUGCCUGUGAUUCAGGUGCCCUAAGAGGCCAGCAGAGUGUGUGCAAUCCCCUAAAGCCAGGGUUACAGGCAGCUUGUGGACUGACUGACAUGGGUGCUGGGGAACCUGCUUUGGGCCUUCUUAAAGAGCACAAAGCAUACUAAACUGCUGAGCCAUUUCUCCAGCCCCUUGAAUUUUUAUUAAUUUGUGUAUGUACUUGUGGGGGAUUUGAGCACAACUUGUAGGAGUCAAUUGUUUCCAACAAAGUCAGUCCUGGGGAUCCAACUCAAGUCAUUAGACUUGGUGGCAAGUGCCUUUACUCUCUAAGGCAUCUCAGUGGCUCUGUCUUACAUUAACACACAAGAAAGGGACAGGUCUUAUACAGGGCUUCAGGAAGACAAUCAUCUCUCCCCCAUUAUGUACGGCCUUUCAUUUCCUAGUUUGAAACUAAAGCUGCAAAAACCCUUAGCCUCAUGCUUUGGCAUAGGGAGACUAGAUAAUAUUUUUAUCCUGGUUCAUUUCUGGAUUUCACUGUUUAGCUCUGGACUUUGCUAUCCUGUGGCCAAUGUUAAUAAACAACUGUUCCCGCCCUAACGUAUUAUAUUUUUAACCUAUUGCUCUACAUCCAGCUGCUAUGAAAUGUUUUGAUUUUCCUUUGUCCAAACAAAAGGUAGAAUACAUUUCCAGCUUUGAUUUGCUAUUACAACACUAGGUAGAUUUCCAAAUUAGUAAGGUAUACAGACUAAUAAAAAGGAAAAUAUCAUUAAAAAUAGACCCUUUUAUGGCUAGUGCAACUCUUGCUAAAACAGUUUCUAGAACGGUGGGAUGAGCAAGUGAAGUUACAACCUGCUGUCACUGCUGAAGGACCAAUAAAUCUUGUCAUCUGACAGCUGGAAACCAUGUGUGUGUCAACAGAUGCUGAAUUACUCUUCUAAUUUUCUAUUUUUAUUUACUGCAGUGUCUGGACUGACUCUUUUAAAAAAAUAAUAAAAAUAUACUAAACCAGAAAUAAUUCUGAAUUGGUGCUGGGCUUGAAACUAGAGUGUCACACAUGCUAAGUAAGAGGUCUACCACUGAGCUACAUGCCAGCCAUUAAAUCCCUAGACACAGGCUAGGUACAGAUGUAGCCCAGUUGGCAGAGUAUCUGCCUACCAAACCCAAAGGCCUGGGUUUCAUCCCCAGUACUGCAUAAACUUGGCAUGAUGGCACAUACUUAUACUCAGCAUUUUUAGGAGAUGGAAACAAGAAAGUCAGAAGUUCAACAACAGCCAUGGCUUCACAGUGAAAUCAAGGCAAGCAUUUAAAAAAUGAAGAUGGGGCUG